AUGAGGUGUUCUAGAUUGGUACUAUCACUAACAUUCUUGACUCUCACAGCAUUGGCAUUACAGAGUGACGAUGAUGGUUUGGCAGGCGGAGGAGGAGGAAGAGUAGUGGCCGCAGCAGCUGCUGCUGCGGCAGAGGAAGCAGCGGAAGCAGCACCCGUAGUGCCCAAUCAACAGACUCACGACAAAUCAACCAACAAGCUCGGAGUCCAAGGUCUUCACGAUGAGGAUAACCACCCAACGCCGGAGCAUUUGAAGCAGCCACUUGACCCUUACAAGAACGGAGGCGGACGAGGCCUCGAUAGCGAUAUCAAUGCAUCCGACAAGGACCCCCAAGACGACGUUCCCGACUCCACCAACUACAACGCGUUCCUCAUGUCCAUUUCCAUGAUUAUCGUGUCGGAGAUUGGGGACAAGACCUUUUUGAUAGCAGCGUUGAUGGCCAUGAGAAAUUCCCGAGUCAUUGUGUUUUCAGCUGCAUUCACGUCGCUUGUGGUGAUGACGGUCUUGUCUGGUAUCGUUGGCCAUGCGUUGCCUGCGUUGAUUUCCCAGCGCAUCACCCAAUUCUUAGCAUCUGCAUUAUUCGCGGUAUUUGGGUUCAAGCUAUGGAAAGAAGGGCUCGGCAUGUCGAAGAACUUGGGCGUCGAUGAAGAAUUGGCGGAAGUCGAGGAGGAAAUUGCAUCAAACAAGUUGAAUUCCCAGCUUGGUGAUAUGGAGGAUGGCGAUGCAACAUCAUCUGCAUCUGCUUUACAAAAGCACGCCCUGAAGUCCAGAAUUCAUGAAAUCGGACUCCAAAUCCAAGACUUGGCUUCGUUUGUCUUGUCGCCGGUGUGGAUCCAAGUGUUUGUCAUGACAUUUUUGGGGGAAUGGGGCGAUCGUUCUCAGAUUGCCACGAUUGCCAUGGCAGCUGGGUCAGAGUAUUGGUACGUGAUAUUGGGAGCAAUCAUUGGCCACGGACUAUGCACUGCUGCAGCGUGCUUGGGAGGAAAAUUGUUGGCCAAGAAGAUCUCCAUGAGAAAUGUCACUUUGGGCGGUGCUGUUGCAUUCUUUGUCUUUGCAAUCUUGUACUUUUAUGACGCCUUUUACAACAUUGAAAGCUGA